CACAUCUGCCUAAAAGCACUGGCUCGGAAAGUUUUCCUUCUUACAACACGACAUAGCCGCUACGUUUGAGACAUGGACUGGCUUUUUUAAAUUUUUCAACCGAGAUCAAAGCAAACAUUUGUACAAUAGUCAUGGUAUUAGUAGAAGAAUUCUAAACGGCGGGAUAAAUAACCUGGUUUGAAUGAAAUGACGGAGCGCGAACCCCUCGAAGUCGAAGAGACGCCGAACUACGGUGAACUGUUUAACGCCGAAGAUGAUUCACUCACUAGAGGCAAGAGAACGAUUCAAAAACCAAGUAAGGAAUCUUGGUUACACCAUCUUAAGCCAGGAGUCGAUAUAGACCGUUCGUUGGUCGUAUAUAAAAUAUUUUAUUUCUUUUAUUUUGCGGCGAUUGGUUCCCUACAGCCGUACCUGGCGUUAUACUUCAAACAUUCUCUCCAGCUGCCUGCUCAUUUAGUAGGAAUUGUUAUAGGAAUACGACCGUUUUGCCUGUUUUUCAGUGCUCCAAUCCUCGGUACAAUUGCUGAUAAGUAUAGCAAGGUUCGUGCUGUUCUCGUAGUCGCUUUAUUCUCGUAUAUCGUAUCAUCACUUGUGGUUACUGUCGUACCUCCGGUCGAUAUGUCUUGCUUAAGUGAAGUCAACAAGAAACUUAAUCUUACGGUAAAUGAAACGCAGAUAAAUAUCCACGGAAACCAUACGACCAAACAAGAAAAUGUCCUCAAACAUGCCAUCCUUAAACACAAGCAGGAAGAGAAAGCUCACGAGCACCUCGAGAUCAAGGAACGCGGGAAUACUGAGUUGUGGAAAGAAAACUGGAUCUUCGAUGUGUACAGGAAACUCGACCCAAGGACGUACGAAAAGGCUAAAGUAGUUUUCGUUGUUGUAUUGACCAUCACUAUCGCCGGGGAACUACUUGGAUCUACUUCAAAUACCCUGUCUGAUGUGGCUACCCUACAGAACUUAGGAAAUAACCCGAAUGACUAUGGCGAGCAGAGACUAUGGGGAGAGAUAGGAUGGGGGAUAACGGCAUUUAUUACUGGGAGUAUAGUGGCACAUCAGUACAGUGAACAGACUGAUAUAUGCCCCAAUAAAGUCUUUGACAUCUACAGGCCAUUCUUCUAUGUCUAUGCCGCGCUCAUGACCAUAUCCUUAUUGGUCGCUACAAGGUUCAAGUUUAACGACUCCGACAAGCAUAUUGGCGAGCGAUGUACAUUGUUCAAGAGCUUAGAAGUUUUUACCUGUUUGGAAUACAUUGUGUUCGCCGUUUUUGCGUUGAUUCUCGGCAUCGCUUUCGGAACGGCAGAAGCAUUUCUAGGGAUCCACCUGCUUGAACUCGGUGCCACUGCGUCACUGUUCAGUGCCCUGGUUGGAGUGCAGUGUCUUUCCAACCUGACACUGUACUAUGCGUCGAUAUACCUGAUCAAAAGAUUCGGACAGGUACGAAUGAUAGCUAUUGGGUUAGUUGCGUAUUCCAUCAGAUUCUUCUACUUCUCGAUCAUCCCUAGCGCGUGGCUGGUUCUACCAAUUGAGUUGUUCGGUGGCUUCUGUGAGGCACUAGUAUGGAGUAGCCUAGCGUCCUAUGUUGGUACCCCGCCAAGAAUAGGUGCAACUUUACAGGGUAUUCUACACGGCCUGUACUAUGGGUUAGGCAGAGGUCUUGGCCAGAUCAUCGGGGGAGUCUUGAUCAAGUCCUACAGUGAGAUGCAUUUUUUCAGGUAUUUUUCGUUGGUGAUGUUGCUGCUCUUUUUCGCUUUCCUGUUGUUUGCACCUAUACUCAACGCCAAGAAAACUAUCUGGAUGAACCUCUCAGGCUAUACACCCGUCAACGAUGAAGGAAAUGAAAGACUUGAAUACAAAAAGCAAGUCAAACUGUUUUGGACAGGAAAAAGGGACUAAACUCUCACCAGUAGUAAGACAAAAAAAAAAAAAAAAAGAAGAAUUAGACUGAGAAGUUUGCAAGAGUCAAAAUCAAGGUGAUGGCACGCGCGAUAAUUUCCGCUUUUUGUUCGACAAGAUAAAAUUAAACUUUUCGUCUUUCGUCGUUUUCCAUUUCUCACACUUUUUAUGCCAUUUAUUCCAGGGCAUUGAGUCCAGGUUAUGAGUGACGUAACAAAAUUUUCGCUUCAAAAACAUCUAAGUUUAUCAUGCGUACCAUCACCUUUUAUCCAUAUAUAUGUACCCUUGAAGAUAGGUUUGUCGGGUUUAUUGAAACUAUCUAUCCUUGGGAUUCAACAGUAACUUAAAAAAACUAAUUAUUUUUCUUUCAAGUUAUCAAUAUUUUCGUUCCCAUAUAAUACGUUCAUCUCGAAAGCUAAAUUAAAUAUUUAAAUAUUCAAUAACUGAAAAUUUAAUUGAAUAAAAGAUAAUCUCUAAUAUUUCAAAUCACUCAAUUAUACUUACUCUUAAACUCAUGCUAUUUACGUACGAGGUCAGUUAAGGCUUUUAAAUGUUCAGUAUUGUGCAUCGAAUAUCGUAUAUUUUUUUAGAAUGCUUUGUUUAGAUUUCUUUAAUUAAUAUUCUUCCAAGCAUCGUUCGUAAAAAGAAUAUUAAAUCAAAGGCAAGCUGUCGGUCAUUCCUUUAUGUAAAAAAAUACCUCCAUUUUUGCGCCACUGAUAUUUUGAGCUUUCCAAAAUCUACUAAUUUCAGUACCAUUCAAUCGUCGAAAAAAACGUACUUAUAAAGUAUAUUUUGUACAGUGAGGUGUAGAUUAGUCAAAAAUAUAUUUGGAAGUUCAGAAAAUAUUGAUUAAAAUCAAGCAACGCGGCUUUUACUUUUAGCGGUAUGUCUUGAAGAGUUUGUUCUAGAAAUAAUGUUUAUCUUAAAUAAUUGAAUAAUAAGAAUAAUUCAUAAGAGAUAACGUUUCGCGCGCAUUGGUUCUCAAGGGAUAUAGAAUCUUUGUGUAAGGAUUAAUGGUUUUCAACCAAUAGUAGUUUUAUAAUUAUUAUAAUUAAUACUUAUCUAAAAGCGCCAUAAAAUCCCGCCGAGUUCAGUUCUGAAUUAAGAAUAAUAUUUGUGAGAAUCACAAAACAAUCAUAGAAAAAACUAGUGAAACUGAAUUAUUUUCAACUCAAUGCCAUUUAAUUUGAGGGCCCCAGACGUGUUUACUGUCUUGGAUAAAGCGAUGCGCAAAAAAGAUAUUCAUAGUUCAUGUUGUGCUGGUCACUCAUGCCUUAAAGCGGAUUUUAUGCGUAGACAAAUGUAAAAUACCAUGACUACGGAAUUGCUAUUGUGGCACUUUUGAAAAAGAUUCCGAAAAAAUCAAUACGUGACACUGAAUUGGCUUCCAUCGUUUAACAACUUUCAAAUGGUUUCCAAAGAAUGAAUGAACGCAAUUUUCUAGUCAUGGUAAAGUACACCACGAUUUCAGCCUCAUUUGCACUGACUGACCACCCAAUAAGGACCAUAAGAUGCUCAAUUGUUACCAAAUGAAUUAUCAAAAUAUACAAAGAUAUUUAAUGUGGGUAAAUAUUCAGUGUUGUGAAAUGGAAAGGAAUACUAUAAAUGCCAAAUAAAGUAUUUUCUGUCAUA